UACGCAUGCGUGAACAUCUACUCAGCAGGUAAACUACACCAUGGCGGCGAGAGGCCAUGUGCAAGAUCCAAACGACAGGAGGCUCAGACCUAUAUACGAUUACCUUGAUAAUGGCAAUAACAAAAUGGCGAUACAGCAGGCAGAUAAACUGCUGAAGAAACAUAAGGACCUGCACUGUGCCAAGGUCCUGAAGGCGAUUGGCCUUCAGAGGACUGGAAAGCAGGAUGAAGCUUUCACUUUAGCCCAGGAAGUGGCCACUCUCGAGCCCACUGAUGACAACUCGCUUCAGGCUCUGACUAUACUGUACAGAGAGAUGCAUCGUCCUGAGUUGGUCACCAAGCUGUAUGAGGCUGCAGUGAAGAAGGUUCCUCUAAGCGAAGAGUAUCACUCUCACCUCUUCAUGGCGUACGCUCGUGUGGGAGAAUACAAAAAGAUGCAGCAGGCAGGAAUGGCCUUGUAUAAAAUUGUCCCGAAGAAUCCCUAUUACUUUUGGUCGGUCAUGAGUCUUGUGAUGCAGGCAAUCUCAGCCCAAGAUGAAAAGUUGGCUCAGACCAUGUUCCUGCCUCUGGCUGAACGCAUGGUGGAAAAAAUGGUCAAGGAGGAAAAGAUUGAAGCAGAAGCAGAGGUGCAACUGUAUUUUAUGAUCCUAGAGCGCUUGGGGAAAUGUGUAGAGGCCCUUGAAGUGAUCCGGGGCCCACUUGGGGAGAAGCUGACCAGUGAGCUGCAGAGCAGAGAAAACAAAUGUAUGAUGCUGUACAAGCGACUGCAACGCUGGCCAGAGUGCAACGCUUUGGCCCACAAACUGCUACUUAAAAAUCCUGAUGAUUGGCAGUUCUACCCGGCUUACUUUGACUCUCUCUUUCACUUGGUGGAUCAGUCGUGGAGCCCGCCAGAAGAAGGCGAACACUGUUCAGAGGGUUCAGUACAUCACACUGUGGUUGAGGUGGUGAGGUUUGUGGAGGAGAGGAUUAAGGGGGAGGACAACAAAGAGUCCCGCUCACUCAGAGGGCCUUACUUGGCUCGUCUUGAAUUAAUGCACAGACUGAGAGAAAGAGGCUGUCCUGAGGAAAGCCUGCUAGGUGAGCCUUUAGAGUUAAUGGUGCAAUUCUUCAACAAGUUUGGAGACAAGCCCUGCUGCAUCACUGACCUAAAAAUAUACCUACACCUGCUGUCUCCUGAGCAGCAUGUUCAGUUCAUUAAUCAUCUUAGUGAAGCAGUUCCACUGGGCAACCAGGAAGAGGAAGGAUUUGCUUUUCCAGAGGACACCAAGGCGCUGCAGAGGCAUUUGUGUGUUUGUCAGCUGAGCCGUGCACUAGGGCUGCAUCAUUCCCUUGACGUGGAUGGCAAACUUCAUCUUAUCACAGAGCUUAAGGCUCACUAUCAUCAUGGGCUUAAGUUUGGAAAGAACGCUCUAAAGACGGAGCUGCAGUUUUCUGAUAUGUAUUGUCUCAUGGCCGCUCAUGUAUACAUUGACUUAUGGACAGAGACCGGAGAUGAGGACAUGAUGUGGCAGUGUUUGGGUCUCCUCCAGGAGGGACUAUCUCACAGUCCUUCCAACGCCCAGUUCAAGCUGCUGUUACUGCUCCUGUACUGUCGACUGGGAGCGUUUGAGCCUGUAGUGGACCUUUACUCAAGCCUGGAUGCCAAGCAUGUACAGCAUGACACCAUAGGUUUUCUGUUAACGCGCUAUGCUGAGUCACUGGGUCAGUUUGCUGCAGCCUCCCAGUCCUGUAAUUUCUCCCUCAGGUUUUUCCACUCGAACCAGAAAGAUACCUCAGAGUAUAUCAUCCAGGCAUAUAAGUAUGGAGCGUUUGAGAAAAUCCCAGAGUUCAUUGCUCUCAGAAACAGGUUAAACCAGUCGCUGCACUUUGCCCAGGUCCGCACUGAGAGGAUGCUGCUCGACCUCUUCCUUGAGGCUGAUAUUGUCUUGAGUCUGGAAGAGAGUGUGAAGGCCAUGUCUUUGUCUGCAGAAGAGGAUGACAUCCCCUGGGAUAGUAUGAGGGACAACAGAGACCUAACUGUUUUUACGUGCUGGGAUCCUAAAGACAGACAGCUAACAGAUGAACACAGACGUCAGUCUCUAGAGGAAGAGUCCAUGUGGCUCAGAAUACGUUCUCUAACGCUUCGCCUCCUCGCCUCAUUGGCUGCGUUGGCACAUAUGCCCUCACAGCAAAACUCUGAGAUAUCUAAUGAGAACGGAGUGGGAGACAAGACCUCAAUUCUCAGCAGCCUGCUCUCCCAGCUGAACCAGGCUCUACAGACAGCAGCUCAGAUGGCAGAAAAACACAUACAGUAUCCAUUCCUGGGACCACCCUCGACCCGUCUGGUCCUAGCUUUGUCCAGUGGAAGCUGUCAGUGUCAGGCUGCAGCCCUGCAGUUGUCUGUCCACCUACAUGAGCUCGAGAUGGCUGGACUUGAUGGGUCAUCCGAGCUUCAGACACAGAUCUGUAACGGUUUCAAAUCAAUAGUAGUUCAGCUUCAAGAAAUCCUGAAUAAAUGCAAAGGAGAUUUAUUGGAAAUGAAAGAAGGCAAAUUAAAAACCCAGCCGUCCUUAUUAGAAAACCUAGUCUUCUUUGUUGAGACUGUGUGCAUAGUCCUGUGGAUGGCUAGUUACUGUGCCAAGAUCCUUCGACCACUGAAGACUAGUUUACAGAAAAAGAAAAAGAAGAAAAAGGAUGCAAACACAGCUCUGCCAGUGGUGAUGUGUGGCUUCCAGGAGCUGACAGGGAAUUUGCAAGACCUGCUGACACAGGCCAUGGAGCAUAUAAAGGGCCAAGAGACUGCCAUGACAUCACUUAAAUUGUCCACUUUAACCUUGGAAGGAUACACACAGGAGGAAGUGUCGUUUACGAAAGCUGCUACGGAUAAGGUGCAGUACAGUUACCUCCGCUCCCUACAGGAGGUGGGAGAUCUGCUCAAGAAGAGAACAGAAACUAUAAAGAACCUCAAGAUAUGAACGCCAUCACGCAUGUCCAGAAUAACUCGCCCUCGACCAUCACCCCUAAAUGCCCCACACCACCAUCUACUGUCAGCCCACCAGCUAUCCUACAAAUCCUUCCCUCUUCACUGAUGAUGGAAGUUCCUGGGCCUCCCAUGUUCUCAGUCAUUUCUGACCUUGAAAUUCUCACUCGGCGUUUGUGAGUUUUUGAUGUCUUUUUCUUUUUCUUUCAAUACACACCUCUGGAACAUUUGCAACUCUUAUAGCACAUAAGCUUGUAAUGAAAUUCAUGAAUUUAUACAACAGUUCUAAGUAAAAAUGAGGAAAAGAGACAUGUUCCUUUAACAGGUGCAAAAGAAGAAGAAGAAGAAAAAAAAAUAAAAAAAAUAAAAAAAUAUAUAAAAAUAAAUAAAUUAGUGAAUACGCAGUUUUAGAACAGCUAAUCUAAUAAAUUAUUGUACAUAAUAAAGAGCAACAACCACAACUCCGUGACUAAAUGAGAAUAUAAGACACAAUAAACCACUAUGUGUGUUGGUCAGUUAUGUUUCCUUUUUUAUUAUUUUUGACUCUAUUAUUUUCUGGUGAGUUCCAAAAAAAGAAAAACGCAGUUGAAGGAUUGCUUUUCCAGCACAUUGGAGAGCAAAUGGGCACAAUUUUGCAAUGAACUCUUUGUAACUCUUUGGACGCCUGACCGCCUGCAGGAAGCCUUCAGACUGAUGUUUCCCUAUACACAAAUUAUUGUCAUCGUCAUUUAAAAAAAAAAAAAAAAAAUUCCUUUGCUUCGUGUACCCUGUGUGUUUAUGUGACUUUAGCACUAAAAGUGGAACCACCUCUGUAGUUGCAGUAUUACAAAGAGCAAUGUUGGAAUGAGUUACUUAAUCAGGGUUGGGUUUUUUUUCUUUUUUGGGGAGGUUAUUGUCUGCCGCUCUUUUUUGUUUGUUUGUUUUUUAAUACUAGUGGCACCAUUAGUAGAAGCGGUGCUUGUAAACACGGUCUUGUGGAAUCAGGUUGUUCCAGCACAAAGAAGAAAUCAGGCUUCAGAACUUUUAGAGACAGGAAUGAUUAGAAUUAUUUAAGAGACCAUCUAUGACUAUCAUAACAUGAAUGUUCACCAAAAACAUGCUUUCUGUUGAGGCUGCGAAUAUGCAACUGCUUGAAUUUGCGUUGCUGAAGGAAAAAGAAAAAGUGACAGUUAUAAAGAUAAAUGCAAAGGAGACUGUGACUAGACUGGAUAUACUGACACUCAUGUUCAUACUAGACCAGAUUAUAUGUCCAGCCAAUAUGCAGCUUCAUAGUAACUGUCCUGGGACAACUCUUCUGUCUCAGGUGUGUUUCACAGGCAGACAUUGGACCUAAUUGUAAAUAGCUGAAGCAGCCUUUUUUUGAAGUACUGUGUGUGAGUGAGGACUUCAGUGUGUUUUUAAAAGCAGGUGCAGUAGAUGCUAUGAGAUUUGUCCUGUGUUAAUGGUUUUGUCAUUCCCGCUUUAUUCCCUCAUCUUCCUUCCUCCCCCUACUAAAAGACUCGUGAACCAAAAUGGUGUCAUCAGCUGCUGCAUCUUCCCAAUUUGUGCAAAAUUAGCAUCUUGUGCUGUCAUCAGUAAACAGGAGGUGGAGGAAAGAAGCAAAUGGAGGCAUAGUUUACAAAUACCAAGGGGCACUGAUGGCACUGCAGGUUGUGUGCAGUUUUAUUUAUACUGUUGUAAGAAUUUGGCACAGCAAUGUGAAUAUGUGAGUAAAUGACAAACUCUUCCCCUUCCUGUUAGUCCUGAAUAUACAUUCAGUGGCAUACACAUCUGCUAAUAAAUGCCUUUUUUUUUUCCUUUUUUUUUCUUUUUUCUUUAAAGAGUCGAGCCCAUCUGUUUGAGUGGUUGGACAGAAGGUGUCUGUGAUCUGAUUACAUGUGUUGAGAAUAAUGGUUGACAAUCUGGAGUGUCAUCUUGCCACCCUCUUUUGUUAGAAAAUGGAAAACAGAAACACUGGAAUGUCAAAGCUUUUUUAAAAUAAA